UGAAAAGAUAGUAUCAAGCUUUGUAGGCUUGCAGCCACUACUCUGGGUAGGUGGGCAGCGUUCAACGACCUAGAAUUAAUGCCCUCGUAUCUAUAUAUAGAGUAUCCCUUCAUCACUCUUUGGCAUUCAUUUCUAUAUCAUUUCACGUACGUACAAUGGGCAGCCUACCAUCUGAGGUCUUCUCCCCAUUGGACACCAAUAUCUACUCAAAGGAGUCCCAUGCCAUGGUUGAUUUCAUAGCUGAUUACUAUCGUCACAUAGAGCAAUACCCAGUUAGGAGCCAGGUUAAGCCUGGAUAUCUAAGCAAGAUACUCCCUGACACCCCUCCAAUUUUCUCAGAACCAAUAGAUACUAUACUAGAAGAUGUCAAGAAGGACAUCAUCCCUGGUCUCACUCACUGGCAGAGCCCAAACUUUUACGCCUACUUCCAGGCCAAUGCAAGCACAGCCGGCUUUCUCGGUGAGAUGCUUUGCAGUGGUUUCAACGUUGUGGGGUUCAGUUGGAUCUCAUCCCCUGCCGCCACUGAGCUUGAGAGCAUCGUCAUGGAUUGGAUGGCAAAGAUGAUGAAACUCCCGUCCAUGUUUCUCUUCUCCGGCGGCCAAGGUGGUGGAGGUGUCUUGCAUGGCAGCACAUGCGAGGCAGUGGUCUGCACACUAGCUGCAGCUCGUGACAAGGCCUUGAGCAAGAUUGGGCAUGAUUCUAUAACCAAACUGGUGGUCUAUGCCUCUGAUCAAACACAUUUUACUGUUCAGAAGGCUUCGAAGAUCAUCGGUAUCCCCACGUCCAACUUCCGAGCAUUGCCGACAUGUUCGUCUUCGUACUAUGCUUUGACCGCUGAUACCGUCCGCAAAGCCAUGGAAUCAGACAUGGCUCAAGGACUGGUUCCUUUGUAUCUCUGUGCCACUGUGGGUACUACCGCUGUGGGUGCUGUGGAUCCAUUGUUUGAGCUAGGCCAGUUGGCUCAAGAAUUUGAUGUUUGGUUGCAUGUGGAUUCAGCUUAUGCUGGGAGUUCAGCUAUAUGCCCAGAGUUCCGGAAUUACUUCGAUGGAGUUGAACUUGCUGAUUCUAUUAGCAUGAACCCUCACAAGUGGUUCCUGACCAACAUGGACUGCUGCUGCCUCUGGAUCAAGAAUCCUUAUUUGCUUGUGGACUCACUAUCUACUAAUCCUGAGAUUUUGAGGAAUAAAGCUAGUGAUGCAAAGGUGGUGGUGGACUACAAAGACUGGCAGGUUACACUGAGCCGGAGGUUCCGGGCCAUAAAGCUAUGGUUGGUGAUCAGAAGAUAUGGUGUGGCUAACCUGAUGGAGCACAUUAGGAGUGACGUGGCACUCGCUGAACACUUUGAGAGGAUGGUGAACAUGGAUGAUAGGUUUGAGGUGGUAGUGCCUAGGAAGUUCUCCCUCGUGUGCUUCCGCCUCAAACCUAAGUUUGAAGCGUGUGAAGAAGCUAAUAAUUAUUCGAAGCUGAAUCGUGAGCUUCUAGAGGACAUAAACAACAGCGGACGUGCCUUCAUGACCCAUGCAGUAGUGAGUAGUACGUUUGUGAUUCGAUUUGCUAUUGGAACAACGUUGACAAAGAAGACACACGUGGAAGAGACAUGGAAACUGAUCCAAUCUAAAGCUACUGAUUUACUCAAUCGUAAAUACACAAAGUAGCUUGAUAAAUUUGCGUACAUGGUUAUUUUAGUAAUAAACCUCAGCUCACUGCUAACAUGGAGUGAGGGAGAGAUGGGAUCAUGUUAUUAAUUAUUUAUGUGUGCGUGUAUUUUUUUACAGUGAAUGUUAUUAUUCGC